AGAAGAAAGAAAGAGGAGGAGGAAGUGGCGCGACACUGCGAAUGGAAGAAGUAUCAUAUAGUAGGCGUGUCCUGUAGUACGCCCGCUGACAAAGCAAAGCUUACUUGAGUGCGUCAGGAAAUCGAAAUGGCGACGCCAACGGAGAGGAUGGAGGUUUCUCAUGGGGAGAGCUCAGCCAAGCCUGCAGCUGAGGAUAUGACGUCAAAAGACUAUUACUUUGACUCAUACGCCCACUUUGGCAUCCAUGAGGAGAUGCUGAAAGAUGAGGUUCGCACUCUGACGUACCGCAAUUCCAUGUUCCACAACAAGCAUCUGUUUAAGGACAAGGUGGUGCUGGAUGUGGGCAGUGGAACAGGGAUCCUCUGCAUGUUUGCUGCAAAAGCAGGAGCCAAGAAGGUUAUAGGGAUAGAGUGCAGCAGCAUCUCAGACUAUGCUGUGAAAAUUGUCAAGGCCAACAAGUUGGAUGAUGUUGUGACCAUUAUCAAGGGAAAGGUGGAAGAAGUGGAGCUCCCAGUGGAGGGAGUAGACAUCAUCAUAUCUGAGUGGAUGGGCUACUGCCUCUUCUAUGAAUCCAUGCUGAACACAGUCAUUUAUGCCAGAGACAAGUGGCUGAAGCCAGAUGGACUCAUUUUCCCAGACAGGGCAACUCUUUAUAUCACUGCUAUUGAAGACCGGCAGUACAAGGACUACAAAAUUCACUGGUGGGAGAAUGUGUAUGGUUUUGAUAUGUCGUGCAUCAAGGAAGUCGCAAUUAAAGAACCCCUGGUUGAUGUUGUGGACCCCAAGCAGCUGGUCAGUAGUGCCUGUCUCAUCAAGGAGGUGGACAUCUACACAGUCAAGUUGGAGGACUUGACCUUCACUUCACCGUUCUGCCUGCAGGUGAAGAGGAAUGACUACAUCCACGCCCUGGUCACUUACUUCAACAUCGAGUUCACUCGCUGUCACAAGAGGACCGGCUUCUCCACCAGCCCAGAGUCUCCCUACACCCACUGGAAGCAGACUGUCUUCUACCUGGAUGAUUACCUGACCGUCAAGACUGGCGAGGAGAUCUUUGGCACCAUCAGCAUGAAGCCAAACGUGAAAAACAAUAGAGACCUGGACUUCACCAUAGACAUUGACUUCAAGGGUCAGCUGUGUGAGAUGUCGAAGACUUCAGAGUACAGGAUGCGUUAGAAGAUUCUCGUUCCCCGUUUUUAGUAGAGGACAGGUUUCACUCUUUAACAAAGAGUCUGUACAAUAGUCUGAUGAUCCUGCAACAACAUUUUAAGAUUGUCUUGUCUCUGUCUGUUUUUUUUCCUUCUUUUUUUCCCCCCCUUGCUCAGAUGUUAACGAUAUUUUAAAGGUUUUCACAUCCUUGGGGUUAAAGCGCAUUGGUGUGGUGAUUCAUUGUGCCAUAGUCACCCAGCAAAAUGUGUGUGUUUGACAUGUGCCUUGUGUUUGUGUCUUAGAUCUUCUUAGGUUUAGCUUCUUGGUUCUUGUCUAUUGCAUGACUGAGAUCCAUACAGACAGAACACAACGGCCUUGCUGACAUGUCUGCAAAGAAUUACAGUUCACUCCCUCGGCCAUCUGUACGGUCAUUACAUGAUUCAGCUAGUUGCUGGUCUCCCCUUAAGUUUUGUUCCAUUGGAGUUGUAUGUAUUUGGUCUUUAAAUUUCUGUAUACGCCAGAAACUCUUGCCGCCUCUACUUAACAGAACCCGUUAAUAGAAACUAUACGUAAGUGACGAGAAAAGCCGGCCACCAGAUGUGCCCUGUUCGGCCCAAGAAUAGUGGUGUUGGCUGGUUCUAGGAAGAACACAAAGUACACACCAGGAAGUGGCUUGUAGGCUUACCACCUCAGUUAUACAGUAGAAUUAGUUAAUCAAUACACAGCACAUAUUCGUUGGUCUUAGACUGUGGGAAUGUGUGAUUACAUGUUUUAGAUGGUGUCCGUGCAUAGCCAUAGACUGCUAUUUACACAUUACAGGGUUGUUAAAGGUAGGGAUAAUAAAUACAUAAAAUAUAAACUAAAAAGCAGUGUUCAAAGUAAAGAGAAAAAUGCUCAAAAACAAUAAGAUAGGUUAGAGACCCGAUAAUCAAAAAAACAAGAAAAAAGGUUAGAGACCUGAUAAUUGAAAGGUCACCUAGGGUAUUCAGAAAAUGUAUUUUUGAUCCAAAUUGAUUAGCUUUAUGAAUUUAUUUGUCUCAAAUGUCACAAUAAGUUGCACAGUAUGUACUACAUACUAAUCACUGUGUGCAGUUUUAGCAUGUAGUAUACUAAAUAUUAACAUACUAGUCUAUUUUAUAUUAACAGGAAUUGACUGUGAUAUUGAAUAGAGACAUCAAAAUCAGCUCCUCCAUUUCCUGUGUGGGAGAACAGUGUGCUUCACAGCAUGCAUUUAGUUAAGUUUUGAACAUACUACUGAAAAUGUAUUUAAAACUAGUAUGUGCUAUGGGACACUGCUGUACCCAUGUACAUACAGGCAGCACAUCUUUGAGAUAAAUAAGCUGAUCCUUACUGCAACAAGAACGAACUGUUAAUUACCAGGCCUGUUUUGUGUUAAGGCUGAGUAACGGCAUCUAAUAGUAGAUCCUGAGGCAUGACUUAGCAGGCUUCAUAACCAGUCAUGUCUUCAAGCCCUGUGUGUUGAUCUUGAUACCAUGUGUCUGAAGCUGCUUGAGUCAAUCUGAAGAUGUGUGAACAUGUUGGAACUCUGCAGAGGCAGCCCUGACUCACCACACGUUGAAUUUUCUCUUUUGUAUUUUUUGUCUCUUUGUUUGCUUUUUUUUUAAAACUAAAACUAAUAAAUUGUUACUUUUUUGUCUCUCCAAA